ACGUGGCAGCCCACCGCGGCAGGCGACGCAGCCAACCACCAGUCGACAGCGCCGGCGCCCGCGCAGAGGCAACUGCUACUACUACUAGUCAGCCUACUCCCCUGCUAUAAAUAGCCGCAAAGGCUAUAGCUCUAGGCAGCCUCGUUUCAGCCUCAGCUACCUGCACGUCCGUGGUCUGGCCACUGAUCGACGGGCGCAGCGGAGCAGAGAGCUCGCCGCCGGCGAGCUGGAGAAAGAGAGAGACAGCUAGCGCGGCGGAACAGGACGAAGAAGAAGAUGGGGCGCGGGCGCGGGAAGGUGGAGGUGCGGCGGAUCGACAACAGCGUGAGCCGGCAGGUGACGUUCUCGAAGCGGCGGCGCGGGCUGGCCAAGAAGGCGCGCGAGCUCGCCGUGCUCUGCGACGCCGACGUCGCGAUGCUCGUCUUCUCCGACAAGGGCAGGCUCCACGACUUCGCCGCGCACGGCAGCAUGGAGAGAAUCCUUGACCGAUAUGAGAGGUAUUUGCUAUGUGAAGGUGGGGAUGUGAUGGAAGACCACCCUGAAGAAAUGCAGGGCAACAUGAGCUAUGACCACAUCAAGUUGAGGUCCAGAAUUGAAGCUCUACAGAAGAGCCAAAGGAAUCUCAUGGGGGAGCAACUUGAGUCCCUUACAUUCAGAGAGGUACAGCAGCUGGAGGACCAGAUAGACAGCGCUCUGAGGAACAUCAGAUCCAGGAAGGACCACGUCCUGCUCAGCUCGAUCGAGGAGCUCCGAAAGAAGGAAAGGUUUUUGGUGGAACAAAAUAGUCUUCUUCAGAAGGAAAAGGCUGCAUUGGAUCCAUCCCUGCACGCCAAGGACAGCCCAGCUUCCUCUACUGCAGCAGAAGCAGCCGUUCCCAACCUGAACAUCUGUGCUGGCGACUCCGACGAGCCAGGACCGCCGGCGGCGCCACCCGGAGCGGCGACCGGCGGUUUGCCGUGGUGGAUGCUACGGCCCCCGGCCGUCGGCCAACGGCGGCUAGAGGAGCACUGAACUUCUGGUGCUCUGCAGGUUGUUAGAUGUCAAUCCUUUUCCCUUGUAGUUUCUGAACAUCUGUUUUUCCCUUGUAGUUUCUGAACAUCUGGCAUGUAGUUUGUUGUUUAAAGUUUCUGGUGGCAAGCUCCAGCUUGUUCCUCUUGUUUGAUGUGGUUUCUGUAACACAUGCUGAUGUCCUUCA